CACCGAAUCAGAGCUUCUCUAGCCUGCAUAGGGCGCGUUUGACAAUUGCUGCUGUAUAUACUUAGUGUCUUGUUCAAUCCUACUUUCUCGCCACCUCUUAAUCUCAACCCACCGAAAUACGAUCUUCUCUCCAAAUCGAACCCUGGACAUUAGUACACAUGAUGUCAGCCCCAAGAUUCACGCCGGUUGGACCACAGGUCUAUGAAUCUACUUACGAAAGAGAUUCGAGACAUGUCGAGGUUGACAAUUACGUCAAUUCCCACCUAUUGAAGAAUGCCGAAAGCUCGUACAUCCCAGCAUUGGAUAGAAUCUAUCGCGAUUCCAUUGCCGCCGGUCUUCCUGAUAUUUCCUGUUCCCCAGCACAGGCCAAGUUCCUCAAGCUGCAAAUCGAGCUUUGCAAUGCCACCAAUAUUCUCGAAGUCGGUACAUUAGGCGGUUACAGCGCCGCGUGGAUGGCCCUGGCUGGACCAACAGUCAAGGUCACAACGAUCGAGAUAGACAAGGAAUAUGCUGCCGUGGCAUCGAAUAAUCUUUCAGGGGCAGGCCUGAAGGACCAAGUUGAGAUUCUUCAAGGUACUGGGCUCGAUAUUCUUCCACAAUUGGUCUUACAAGUGGAAUCGGGUGCACGGCCUCCAUUCGACUUUGUCUUCAUCGACGCCAAUAAGCAGGAUAAUCUCGCAUACUUCAAUCUGGCAGUCUCCAUGACAAAGCCUAAUACGGCUAUCAUUGUCGAUAACGUUGUUCGGAACGGCAAGGUUGCUUCUGCCAAGGAAGCUGAGAAGGAUGAUCGGGUCUUGGGCACCCGACAACUCAUAGAAGCAAUCGGGAAGGACGAUCGAGUUGACGCAACGGUGAUUCAAACUGUCGGCGAGAAGAACUAUGAUGGCUUUCUGCUCGCCAUAAAAAAAUAAGAUAAAGAGUAGCAGUAUAGCUAGCCCCUUAAUAAUAAAUGAUUGAGUCAAGAGAUCAGGCA